AUGCCCAUCAGGUUCCUUGGCUUCAGGAAAGUCUGUCUGGUUCCCGGAUGCCACGACAUCGCCUUCGUAGAGUUUGAUAAUGAGGUGAAGGCAGGCAUAGCCAAAGGGGCUCUGCAGGGUUCCAGGAUCACCCGGAUGAACAGUGGGGUCAGUGCGGUGGGUGUGUUCGAGCUCCAGAUCCGCCAGGUCCAGAAUUUCCAUGGCCGGCUGCAGAGCGGGGAGUGCUGUGACCUCCCGGCCACAGCGGGACAGCGCUGCGCACCCAGCGACCCCUGCGACACCUUCUUCCGGGCCUGUCUCAAGGAGUACCAGGCCCGAGUGGUCCCGAUGGGACCAUGCACCUUCGGGUCGGGGAGCACAGGCGUGCUGGGGGGGAACACCUUCUCCCUGCAUCACCAUGAGCUGGGUGGAGUCAAGGGAGGAGGCGGGGUAGAGGGUGAUGACGGACGCAUCAUCAUUCCCUUCAAGUACGCCUGGCCGAAAUCCUUCUCUCUGGUGCUGGAGGUCCUGGACCAUGACAAUGAGACUGCAGAGUUUGGCCAGGAGGAGCUGAUUGAGAGGGUGCUGGUGUCCUCCAUGUUGAACCCGGGUGAGCAGUGGCAGACGUUCCGACACCAUGGCCGCCACCUGAGCCUGGAGUACCGGCUGCGCUUCCGCUGCGAGGCCAACUACUACGGCCCGCUCUGCAACAUGUUCUGCCGCGCCCGCGACGACUUCUUCGGCCACUUCACCUGCGACGCCGGGGGCGGGAAGGUCUGCACAGAGGGCUGGACGGGGCCAGAGUGUCGGCAGGCGGUUUGCAGGCAGGGGUGUCACCAGGUCCAUGGCUAUUGCAGUCUCCCUGGAGAGUGCGAGUGUCAGUAUGGCUGGCAGGGUCCACUGUGUGACCAGUGCGUGACCUUCCCCGGGUGUGUCCACGGCAGCUGCACUGAGCCAUGGAAGUGCAUGUGUGACACCAACUGGGGGGGUCUGCUGUGUGACAAAGACCUGAAUUACUGUGGCACCCACCAGCCCUGUAAAAAUGGGGGCACCUGUGCCAACACAGAGCCCAACGAGUACCAGUGUGUGUGCCAAGAGGGCUUCCAUGGGCGCAACUGUGACAUCGUUGAGCAUGCCUGCCAGUCUGCCCCCUGUGCAAAUGGAGGCGCCUGCAUGGAGAACUCCUCGGGCUUCAGCUGCGUCUGCACAGAUGGCUGGACCGGACAUACCUGUGCAUCUGCUGUACUGCAGUGUUCGUCUAGCCCAUGUGCCCACGGGGCUACCUGCCGGGAGCUGCUGCUGGGGUUCGAGUGCCUGUGCCCGCAUGGAUGGGCUGGCAGGACAUGCCAGCUGGACAUCAAUGAAUGUGAGGUGGGGUUGUGUGUUAAUGCCCUGACUUGCCGCAACCUGAUAGGUGGAUACAGCUGCGACUGUGCUCCGGGCUGGAUGGGGCAGAAAUGUGACAUCAGUGCCAUGUUUAGCCCAGGAGGGGGCAGUAGUGUGCACGUGGUGCUGGUGGGUGUGCUGGUGUUGGUGGUGGCAGGCGGCCUGGCUGGCCUCGUCCUGCUGCUGUCCCGGCUGUGCACGCAACACAGGAAGCAGCAGCUGCAGGGGCCUGCGGGGGACCAGGGCAGCAACAACCAGCGGGACUGUGUUACACUCAUCCGAAACCUGGACCGUGCCCUGCCUCUCUUGCCCCCUCACUCGGCCUCCCCCAUUCCCUGCUGCUAUGAGGAGAUUGAGCUGACCCUUCCCCCCACCCCCACUGCUGCCGCCUCAGGCCCCAGCCUCAAGCCUGCCCACAUUCCCAAGCUGGACUUGUCCAACCGUGAGAGGGAGAAACUCAACCGUAUCCACUACCCAGAGGGUCAAGAACUGGAGGUCUGA